AUGUCAUCAAAGUACGCAUCACCGACUCAGGUCGAGCAGGGUCUCUACAUCGCAUACGCAUCACUAGCCGCCCUCGCAGUCGUGCCCAUAUACUUUGGAGCCUUCUCUUCCCUCAACAAGUGGAAGAACCCAGAGGAGAAGAGCAGGAAGAUCAAGCGACAAAUCGACGACGAAGAUGACGAAGACCAGGAUGCGCCGUCAGAGUCAUUCUCAGCAGACGACACAUUCAAGUUACCCAUUCUAGGAUCGCUGGCUCUGUUUGGACUUCACUAUGCCCUCAGAGAGUUCAACACCGCCUAUGUCAACUACGCCUUGACGACAUACUUCAGCAUCAUGGGACUCUUCGCCACCACCCAGGUCGGAGUCAACACCCUGACAGCCAUCCUUGGAUUGUUGGGAAUCAAGGUCGACUCAUGGCGCAUCAACUUGGCUAGGCCAUCAAAAGAAUUCUACACGGCCAGGUUCACAUUAAUCCACUUGGUGAUGUUGGUCGCUUCGGUCAUGCUUGCAGGAUAUUAUGCUGCCACCAAGAACUGGAUUGCGUCUAACGUCAUCGCCUUCUCGCUGGCCUUGAGCGCUGUCCAGGUCUUUUCGUUGGAGUCUUUCAAGGCCGGAAUUGUUCUCUUGGGAGGGCUUUGCAUUUCGGACGCGUACUGGACAUAUGGAUCGUCUGAGAUUUUGCAGGCUGUGGUCAGGCAGGUCGACAUCCCCAUCAAGGUGGUCUUCCCCCGUCUCUUGUUGGGAUUGCCUCUGGGCAAGGCUUACAAUUUUACUUCGCUUGGAUUGGGUGAGAUCGUUGCUCCAGGACUCUUUGUGGCUCUCUGUCUUCGUUAUGAUCAGCAACGGGCUGGUCAGAGAAACGCGACCCUCGGACGUUCGACUGGAUUCCGCAAGCCCUACUUUAUUGCCUCUCUGGUCGCCUACGUUUUGGGAUUAGGUGUGCACUUUUACGUCAGCCAUACGCUCAAGACUACACAGCCUUUGAUCGCCUACUUGUCCAUCGCGUGCAUUCUCAGCGUCUUUUUGACGGCGACGGUCCGCGGAGAUUCAAAGCAGGUGUUUGGAUAUACCUCCGAGGCAGGAUUGGCUAUUGCAAAGGCCAAGAAGGCAGCUCUGGACAAGAAGAGACGACUCCAGGCACAGAAGAAACAGGCUGCUGCCAGACGCACUGCACCUCCUCGUGCCAUCCACCGUAUUCCCAAGGAGGAAGUCUAUGCCGCCAAGCCCUCACCAUCUGUGUCUGUCUCUGAGGAUUCGACACCAGGUAGUCCAGCCAUCUAG